GCGGGAGCAGGAUGGCCGCGGGGCAGCGCCGGGCCACUGCCGCCUCCCCGCUCGCCCUCGCCAUGGGGCUGCUCGCCGUCGCACAGGUUUUUGGAGACCAAAAUCAAGGAGCAGUUUUCCUACGGGAGUUUACAUUGAUUCGGCGAGAAAGUCUUCAUGAUGAUUUCCUAUCUGAUUUGCUCAAUAACCACAAAACAGAAGACCCGAGCUCCAGAACAGCUCGCUCAGAGGAAGACCGAGACUCCCUGUGGGAUGCCUGGGGCUCGUGGAGCGAAUGUUCACGCACUUGUGGAGGGGGGGCCUCCUAUUCACUGAGACGCUGCCUGAGCAGCAAGACCUGUGAAGGGCGAAACAUCCGGUACAGGACAUGCAGCAAUGUGGACUGUCCACCAGAAGCAGGUGAUUUUCGUGCCCAGCAGUGCUCUGCUCACAACGACGUCAAGUACCAGGGGCAGUUUUAUGAAUGGCUUCCCGUCUCUAAUGAUCCUGACAACCCCUGCUCGCUGAAAUGCCAGGCCAGAGGAACAUCUCUGGUUGUGGAGCUGGCACCAAAAGUUCUGGAUGGCACGCGGUGCUACACUGAAUCCCUGGACAUGUGCAUCAGUGGCUUGUGCCAAAUUGUUGGCUGUGACCACCAGCUGGGAAGUGCUGUCAAGGAAGAUAACUGUGGGGUCUGCAAUGGAGACGGGUCCACCUGCCGCCUGGUCCGAGGCCAGUAUAAGUCCCAGCUCUCAGCAAGCAAAYUGGACGAUACAGUGGUUACUAUUCCCUAUGGAAGCAGGCAAGUUCGCCUCGUGCUGAAAGGACCCGAUCAUUUAUAUUUGGAAACCAAGACUCUCCAAGGUGUGAAGAGUGAAAACAGCCUCAGCACCACAGGCUCCUUCCUUGUUGAAAAUUCUAGCGUUGACUUCCAGAAGUUUCCUGACAAGGAAAUCUUGAGAAUAGCUGAGCCUCUCACUGCAGACUUUACUAUCAAGAUCCGUUAUGCUGGUGCUGCUGACAGUUCAGUCCAGUUCAUCUUCUACCAGCCUAUCAUUCACCGAUGGAGGGAAACUGAUUUUUUCCCUUGUUCAGCAUCCUGUGGUGGAGGUUAUCAGCUGACAUCUGCUGAGUGCUUUGAUCUGAGAAGCAAUCGGGUAGUUGCAGAUCAAUACUGUCAUUAUUAUCCUGAAAAUAUCAAACCAAAGCCAAAACUUCAAGAGUGUAAUCUGGAUCCUUGUCCUGCAAGUGAUGGAUACAAGCAGAUCAUGCCCUAUGACCUCUACCAUCCCCUUCCUCGAUGGGAAAGCACACCCUGGACUGCCUGUUCCUCAUCCUGUGGAGGGGGAAUUCAAAGCCGCAGUGUCUCCUGUGUGGAAGAAGACAUUCAGGGGCACAUCAGCCCCGUGGAAGAAUGGAAAUGCAUGUACACUCCAAAGAUGCCUGUUGUCCAGCCUUGCAAUAUAUUUGACUGCCCAAAGUGGCUUGCUCAGGAAUGGUCUCCGUGCACUGUGACCUGUGGACAAGGGCUCAGAUACCGUGUGGUCCUUUGCAUUGACCACAGAGGGAUGCAUACAGGAGGCUGUACUCCUAAAACAAAGCCACACAUCAAAGAAGAAUGUAUUGUACCCACUCCUUGCUACAAACCCAAAGAGAAACUUCCCACAGAAGCCAAGUUGCCAUGGUAUAAGCAGGCUCAAGAGCUGGAGGAAGGAACAGCCGUAUCUGAAGAACCAUCGUUUAUUCCUGAGGCUUGGUCCACGUGUAGUGUGAGCUGUGGGGUAGGCAGCCAGGUGCGGCUUGUGAARUGCCAAGUGCUCCUCUCUUUCUCUCAGUCCGUGGCUGAUCUGCCUAUUGAUGAAUGUGAAGGUCCCAGACCCGUGUCCCAGAGGGUUUGUUACAAUGGUCCCUGCAGCGGGGACACAGCUGAAUACACCCCAGAGGAGACUCAGCUUUUGUAUGGCAGUUUGCMGGAGUUGGAUGAGCUCUAUGACUGGGAAUAUGAAGGCUUUACGGAGUGCUCGGAGUCCUGUGGAGGAGGUGUCCAGGAGGCUGUGGUGACCUGUCUGAACAAACAAACUAGGGAGACUGCAGACGAGACACUGUGUGUUAGCAGCCGUCGCCCUCCGCAGCUGCUGAAAGCCUGUAGCCUGGACCCCUGCCCCCCAAGAUGGGAGAUUGGGAAAUGGAGCACUUGCAGUCUUACCUGUGGGGUUGGUUUGCAGACACGAGAUGUCUUCUGUUCUCAUCUGCUAUCAAGAGAGACCAACGAGACCGUGAUUUUGGCAGAUGAUUUGUGCUCUAAACCCAAGCCAUCCCUCGUGCAAGCCUGUAAUCGCUUUGACUGCCCGCCCUCCUGGUAUCCUACAGAAUGGCAAGAGUGCUCRCGGACGUGCGGCGGUGGUGUCCAGAAGAGAGACACACUUUGUAAGCAGCGCCUGGCAGAUGGAAGCUUGUUAGAGCUGCCAGAAACCUUCUGCUCCAUGCCAAGGGCCGUUACACAACAAGCCUGCAAAAAUGAGGAUUGUCCCAGCGAGUGGCUUCUSUCUGAGUGGACUCAGUGUUCAGUCAGCUGUGGAGAAGGCACACAGAGYCGAAAUGCUAUUUGCAGAAAGUUGCUGAAAACCGGGGACUUUGUUAUCGUCAAUUCCUCACUCUGCCUCCCUCUGCCAUUCUCAUCCUUGAUCAGGCCCUGUGCACUGGGCCCCUGUGCAAGGCACAACAGACCRGCUCAUAAGCAAAGCCCCCAUAUUAUGGCCGUAAAGCAAGUUUACAUCCAGACAAGGAAGCAGAAGAAACUGCACUUCAUUGUGGGUGGAUAUGCCUACCUGCUGCCCAAAACUUCUGUUAUCCUCCGAUGCCCUACCAGGAGGUUCCGGAAAUCAAUGAUCACGUGGGAGAAGGAUGGCAAGAGGCUYGUCAGUUCAGCUCACAUCACUGUUGCACCCUACGGGUACAUGAAAAUCCAUCAUUUGAAGCCUUCAGACACUGGGACAUACACCUGCACAGCAGGGCCAGCCUGGGAGCAUUUCGUAAUUAAACUGAUYGGAAGCAACAAGAAGAUCAUUGCUGGUGCUAGGGAGGAAGAGGCCACGAGAAAGGUCAGCUUAAAUGAUGCCUUGCGAACAGAGGAUAAACGUCUCAAUGGGAUAUUCUUCAAUGGUAGCAAGGCUGAAAAGCGUGGACACCUUACUAACCCCAGCAGAUGGUAUGACAAUAUUGUCUCAAGGCUGCUACAGCUCAAGGGCUGGCCAGGGGAAAACCCAGAGUCCUGGGAAGCCCAGGAGUCCGUGGAGAGAAAUGCAUCCUCAGAAGAGGACCAGAGCCGGGAGCACGGCCUGCCGUUCACUAUGGUCACAGAGCAGAAACGUUUGGAUGAUAUCAUAAGGAAUUUGUCACAACAGCCUGAGGAGCUGAAAGAUAUCUACACCGAGCAGCUUGUGGUCCAGCUGGCUCGUGAGGUGUUCAAGAGCCACUUGGAGCACCAGGAAUUUGUCCUCAAAGCAUCAAGGCGAAAAGUUGAUUCAGCCUCAGUGGAGUACCCUUUCCACAGGCRUGUUUCUGGAUUUACCAGCUCCCUGAGGACAUCAUCCGCUGAAACAUUUCUUCCCAUGUCUGUGGGCCAGGUAAAUGGCUUGCACAGGCCUCAUCAAAAGCCUGCCAUCCUCCGAAAGAUUUCAGCAGCACAACAACUUUCUGCUUCAGAGGUUAUCACCCAYCUGGGACAGACAGUGGUUCUGGCAAGUGGCACACUGAGUGUGCUGCUUCACUGUGAAGCGGUGGGAAACCCAAAGCCCACCAUCACCUGGGCUAAGAAUGGAGAGGAAGUGAAAUAUAAUGAUAGGUUGCUCCUUCAGCCUGAUGACUCCUUGCAGAUUCUUGCACCUGUGGAAGCUGAUGUGGGUUUCUAUGCUUGCAAUGCAUCCAAUGCCCUGGGAUCUGACUCUGUCUCCAUUGCUGUCACCCUAGCAGGAAAGCCGCUGAUAAAGGCAUCAAGAGCCACYGUGAUCAACACUGAAUCCCCUGCUGUCGCUGUUGAUAUUGGAAGCACGGUUAAAACCAUCGAGAAAGCAAAUGUUACCAUUAACUGCCAGGUUGCAGGUGUUCCUGAAGCAAAAGUUACUUGGUUAAAGAACAAGGUCAAGCUGUCCUCUGCUCACCAUCUGCAUGAUGGGCUCCUGCUAAUAGCAAAUGUUUCCCURUCAGAUCAGGGGCUAUACUCCUGCAAGGCAGCUAAUCUUCAUGGRGAAGUAACUGAAAGCUCCCAGAUCCUGAUUCUUGAGCCUCCACGAUCUCUUCCUUACCUAGAAGAAUUGACAGCAGUGCUUACCAGUGCUGGGCCCAGCACUCACUCAGUGCUGACCUCUCCUUCAGGAACAAAACUGACUGUCAGUCCAGGGAGCUCUGCUCUCAUAGGCUGUGCUGUCAAUGGGCGUCCAACCCCGAACAUCACCUGGCUGUACUCUGGUGAGCCUCUUAGUCUGCGACAUCAGCUGCUGGCAGCAGGACGAAUUCUUCAGAUACUCAAUGUCAGUGAUUUCUCUGAUGGUGAAUUCAGCUGCCUUGCUCAGAAUGAGGCUGGCUCACUCACACAAACCAUGUCCCUGGCUAUACAAGAAUACCGGUGGUCAGUGGACAAAGUGACAGCUUGUUCAGCUUCCUGCGGCCACAGAGGGGUGCAGCUGCCCCAGCUGAGGUGCUUACUGGAUGGAGCUGAAGUCAACACAUCCAACUGCAGAGAGACACCCAAGCCAGCCCUGCAGCCCAUCGCGUGCAACAGAAGAGACUGCCCUUCACGRUGGAUGGUAACAUCCUGGUCUCCUUGCACUCGGAGCUGUGGUGGAGGCAUCCAGAUGCGGCGAGUGACGUGCCAGCGCCUGACAGCGAAAGGCAGCUCUGUCCCCAUGUCCAAYGAGGCUUGUGCCCAGGUGUCCAAGCGCCCUGUGGACACACAGAGCUGUAACAGGCAGCCCUGUGUUGAGUGGGUGGCCUCCUCCUGGGGCCAGUGCAAUGGGCCGUGCAUUGGACCACGACUGGCUGUACAGCACCGACAGRUCUUUUGCCAGACCAAAGAUGGAACUUCUGUGUCAUCUGAUCAAUGCAGUGCCUUACCAAGGCCGCUGGUCACCCAGAACUGCUGGACUGAUGUCUGCGGUGUGCACUGGCGGGUCAGCCUGUGGACCGUCUGCACGGCCACCUGCGGGAACUACGGCUUCCAGUCGCGGCGCGUGGACUGCGUGCACAUCCGCACCAACAAACCCGUCAUGGAGCACCACUGCUCCUGGAGGCCCAGGCCGGCAAACUGGCAGCGCUGCAACAUCACACCCUGUGAAAACGUGGAGUGCAGAGACACCACAAGGUACUGUGAGAAAGUGAAGCAGCUCAAACUCUGCCAGCUCACCCAAUUUAAGUCACGUUGCUGUGGGACUUGUGGAAAAUCUUAAGACAGAUGAAAUGAAAAUGGAGGAACAAGGGGAUCGCAGCCUUUUCUUCUGAGGCAAAGACUUUUGCAGAAAAUACAGAUGAAAUGGAAAUAUCUUUUUCAUUUUAUUUAUUUAUUUCCCUAAAAAAAAAAAACCACCUUUUACCAAAUUAUUGUUGUUAAGGGACUUGAGAAGUUUUUCCCUAUGGAUCUGGGAGACAGAAUGCAGCAAAACAUGGUCAUGAGGGUAGACCACAAAGRGUCACAGAGACCCACGCCACCAGCAUUGGGUAUGAGAGGAGUGGGAUUACGGGAUUUCCCACAAUCUGUGUACAUGCCUGGGGGACACACCAAGAGACRGAUGAGGAAGAGGACCAGAGUAAUAAUCUGGCAUCAUGUUACAGAAUCACAGCAUCAUCGAGGUUGAGAGAGAUCUUCAGGGUUCUCGAGUGCCCCGUAAAUAACAUUCCUGAGUGCCACAUCCAGACUCCUCUUAAACAUUUCCAGAGAUGGUGACUCCACCCUGGAGUCAUCUCCCAUCUCCCUGGCAACUUAAUCCAAUGCCAAGCUACUUUUUCACUGAUUUCUUUCUUCCUAAUACCUGAUCCGAGCCUCCCCUGGCACAACGUGAGGCCAUAUCUUCUCAUCCUUUUGUUUGAAACAUGGCAGAAGAGACUGACCCCCCCUCACUACAACCUYCUUUCAGGCAGUURUAGGGUUCAGUGAGGUCACCCCUGAGCUUGCACUUCUCCCAGAUUAACAACCCCAUCUGCCCCAGCUGUUCCUUGUAGGAUGUGCUUGCUAGACCUUUCACAGGUUUUGUAUCCCUUCUCCAGACRCACUCCRGCACCUCAAUGUCUUUGCUGUAGUGAGGGGCCCAGAACUGAGCACAGGAUUGGAGGUGCUGRGUACAGAGGGACAAUCCCUGCACUGCUYCUGCUGGCCAMGCUG